AUGCCAGCGGUGAGUGACCGACAUCCGCGCACCGGGGGCGCGGGUGGAGCGGGGCCCGGGUCUCCACCGUGCUGGGCACCGCGAGGGCAGGCUGGAGAUGCUCGCCCAGAGACCAGGCACUGGAAAAAUGAAGGUCCUUUGCAGUCUGUUAAGGAAGAUGAUAGGAUCGGGAAGAACCAAGAUGCUUUCUGGCUUCAAUCACUAAUUAUUGACGCAUCAAAUAACAAAGGAUUUCAGAAGAUAAAAGAAUUUUUUGAAGAGAAAGAGAGCUACCUUCCUCAAAAAUAUAAUCAUCUUCUGUUACACCAUCUUGACAGAUCAAUAAAUAAGGAACUGGAUAAAAAUGAAUUUCAGUGUGUUUCACUGUUGCUGAAAUGUAUUCAGCAAUUCUUCACAGAUGACCCCAAGGAAAAGGAACCCUUGCUAAUUCAGCAGGGACUGAUCUUGAAGCUGGUUUCCUGGUUUGAGAGAACAGUGGGAUUUCUGACCAUAGAAGAUGUAGCCUCGGAUGUUUCACUCACUGACGUCUUAGAGGACUUCUUUGACACUGUGCUGAUUAUUUCCAGGAGUAGUAGUGAAGGGAAAAUCCAGAUGUUGGAUUCCUUCUUACUCAGCUUGGGAUUCCUGGUAAUAGAAAAAAAUGUAAAGUUCUCAAUUCAACACGAGGCUCUGAAGACUCUGAACUACAUUUUGCAUGGUGUGUCUCCUGCAGAGMGAAGAAAGUUCCCUUUGUCGGAAGGCACGUGUCAUCUUAUGAAGAACCUGGCAUGGACAAUCUUGACUGUGGGUGAUUAUGACCAGCAGGUCACUCUCACCGAGGCGCUGUGUAGGAUGACAACGAGAACGUCCAGGCGUGACCUUGUCCAUCAGUGGUUUGAUGAUGAGGUCCUUGCUGAAGCUUUCAAGAAAAUUAGGGAUCGAGAAUUUGAGACGGAUAGUCGACUCUUUCUCAAUCACCUCAACAACAGACUUGGUGAGAAAAGGAGGGUCUAUUCAUUUCCGUGUAUUGCUGCUUUUGCUGAUGAGCAUGAGAUGAGAAAACCAGCAGAUGAAAAACUAGAGAAAUUUUGGAUUGAUUUCAACCUCGGAAGUCAGAGAGUAACUUUUUAUAUACACAAUGCUGAGAGUGCUCUGUGGGAUCCAGUAAGAAUUUUGAAGGAAGGAGUUGUUAAUUUCAGAGUAAUAGAAACUGAGAAGAUAAAAAUACUCAUYAUUUACCUGAAGCAGCCCAUUAUUAUCAGCAAGAAAGAAGUGAUGAAAAUAGAAAUCCAUUUUGAUUUGCAGUUCAGCAUAUCACCAACUUCCGUCCAAGCUUUGGGAGAGGACAAACAGAUGUUGCCCGACCAGAUGAAAAUUUCCUCGGAACUUCCUAGUAAGUUUGAGAAAGCASAGCGUGAGAUUCUCCCUAGCCAAGAAAGUGCGAUAGAACCUGCUGAGGAAUCCACCAACCUGGCCGAGCUCAUGAGUGCUGGAGAUGACCUUCACCUGAAUGGCCAGUCUGAGCCUCCCCACAAAAAUACAGCUGAUAAUUCACCUGAGAAACUGAAACUGGAUGACACGCAACAAGAAGUUACCUCAAAACAUGAGUAUUCUUCAGAUGCAAAAGAACCGUCCGUUCCAAUUCAGGCUCCUAAAUUAGACAACAAAUCUAGAAAAGAGCCCGCUCAUGUUAGCUGGGACAUGGUGGACCCUCUCGUUGCUCCAUGGCAACAGAAUCAGUUUAAUUACAGGAAACAUCUUUUCUCGGAGAGUAAUCAAGAUUCCAGUUCUUCUACCAGUGAACAGUCUUGGAGCAGUAACCACAAAAGGAAAUCCCUAAAGCCAUAUCCUAGUAGGAGUAAGACUAGAGUCAGAAGCGGUUUAAGAGUCUUGCCACAUUUCCUUUUCAGUAGUGGCAGUGACCAUGAGAAAGAUCAAGCUAAUCUUCUGUCACCAGUACGGGAAGACACUGAUAGGCAAAAUGCCACACUUCCAAAAAUUUCUGAACCUGAACCCCAGCGUAGCCCUUCCUUUUUAACUUCUGAAGAUUCUACACAGAAAAUAGAACUUCCAAGUCCCCACCCGCUGAGUGAUCUCUCUUCCCCAGAGCACUCAGAAGUUGAAGAAAACAUAUCUCAGACUGUGAACCACGAGUCGUUAAUGGAAAAUACUACCUUCAAACAUAAGCUGCAGAACUUGGAAGACAGAGGUGUCCCAGAUGGGAGUUUCGCUUUGCCAAAACAAUCAAGAUUAGAAGAYGCUGCUCAGGGAGCCUCCGGCCUGGCAGGCACUUCUACUCCGUCUCUGGAAUAUGUGCCUGAGAACUUGAAUGUUUCUGCYAUUGUCACAGCCUUGGAAAACUUCACUGGAGAAAUGAAAAGAAAAUACGAGUUCAGGUACAGUGAGAGUCCUCUUUCAGAAAAGGCAAAGAAAACACCGAAUUGCAUAAUAAAACUUUUAAACCUGAUACACCUCUGCAAACUCAAUAAGCUGCAGCACUUUCACGAUUUUGUUCUCCAAGAGUUGAGCAAUCUUGAGAAGGAUAUCCAGGCUCUAAAACACCUUGAGAAGGAUAUUUUGGAAUUUUUKGGGAAACAGUUUGAUGAUCUGAAAUCAUUCUGUGAUGAGCAAGUGCCGAGCUUCUCGCCAUCGCCCUGUGAAAGCUCCAAUGAUAUGAUCCGGCAGAGCUUCGGUUCCUGCAGGGGAACUGCCACCAUGAUGCCUCUGCCCCCGGCUUCUCCUCCUCUUUUCCGCAGUGACCCCAGGUUUUCCACUGGUGCCUGCUGGUGCACCCCAUCUGCCAGUCACCCCUGUUGA